UCGCGAAACACGUGAUGGAGUCGCGUCCUUUCGCUGCACACAUGUUUCAACGUUUAACUCACACCUUCCUCGGCACGGAAUACGUUGCACUUGUGGAUAAACAACUGUGUACGAUAUCUGCGAACUACGGUAUAACGAAGUCGCCUGAUAGUUGACAAGUGAACACUGUUUCUAGAGCCUGUAAACACACACAGCGCUAACAAAACAAACACACACAAGUAAACAGACGGGUUUGCAUAUACUUCAUCUCAUCUGGCUUUCUUCUGCUAGAGUACAUAACAGUUAAUUCGCGGUCUGUUAAUUUGUGAAAUGAAGUGUCUUUCGGAUUCUUGACAAAAGAACAGGUUAAGUGGAAAGAGUGAUUUUCAUAAUUUGUGUGGUUUUCGCCUUCGUCGCAGGUGAUUCAGCUGGAGGUGAGUUGCAGUCCUUAAAGCAGCCGGUGAGCUUCCCUGUUAGCUGAAGAGAAACGACAACUUGGACCUGUCUCUUUCCGUAUCUCACGGAUUUCAUCACAACGGCUAUAUGGGGGACCAGACUUUUCACACUCCGAGCUUCGGGGACGAGGAGUUCGACAUCCCACCCAUCAACCCACACCAGCAGCACGGCCAGCAGCAGCAACAGCAGCCGCCUCCGCAACAGCAGCAACAACAGCAGCAGCAGCAGCCGCAGCAACAACAGCAACAACAGCCGCAGCAGCAGCAGCAACAACAGCACCACAUGAGCAGCUACCAGCAGCCGCACAUGCUGCCAAGUCAGAGUCCUGAAAUGGUCAUGAAUGAUCCUUCAGGGUACCAGCAACCUCUGUACCUUUCUGGACCUCCAGAACAUUCUAUGGGAAUGAGUGUCAGCUCAUCUUACAGCAGUCCACAACCUACAUACACAAUGGCAAGCCCAAAUCCACUGCUCAUGCAACAGCAGCAGCAGCAAUCGCAAAUGUUGCUGAACCCAGGAAUGGGUUAUGGUCGGUCACCGCAGGGUGGUAGUCCUCCAGCACCAGGAAGUGCUUCCAUCCCUAGUCAUGGCCAGGAGAAUGCAACAACCAGCGAGGAUAGUGAUGACAGCACCCCACACUCCGCAAUGAUGGCUGGAAUGAAGCGACCAUCUCCCGAACCAGCAGACAAUGGCAUGUCCAAGAUCCCGAAGAAGCCCAAGGUCCAGAAAAAGAAGAAGAAGAGGGACCCAAACGAACCUCAGAAGCCUGUGUCGGCGUAUGCGCUGUUCUUCAGGGACACCCAAGCCGCUAUCAAGGGACAGAACCCGAAUGCCAGCUUCGGCGAGGUCUCCAAGAUUGUGGCGUCUAUGUGGGAUGCUCUGGACGCCGAGCAUAAGAACGUUUACAAGAAGAAAACGGAGGCAGCAAAAAAAGAGUACCUUAAGGCCUUAGCAGCAUACCGGGCUAGCUUGGUGUCAAAGGGAGCUGGUGAAUCGGAGAAUAUGUAUGGAGGGUACGGUGGAUAUGGUGGGGGGUAUAGUGGUUACUCGCCACCUACUGCAUUACCAUCACCUCCCAUGUCUGCACCACCUCCACAGCAGCAGCAGCAGCAGCAACAGCAGCAGCAGCAGCAACAACAACAGCAGCAACAGCAGCAGCAGCAACAACAGAUGGCUGGCAUGAACAAAAAGUCACAAAUGCUGGGACCAAUGAUACCUGACAGGAGUGCUGCCCAGCAGCCACCCCCGCAACAGCAGCAGCAACAGGGCAUGAUGGGUCAUGUGGGAAGUCAUAUGCCUCAACCCCAUAUGCCAGCUCCUGUACCACAAAGCAGUUACAUGCAGCAGCCCCAACGCAGUGAACACGUUGUUUCAAGCCCACCGCCAGGUGCGGGUCCUCCUCCGGUGCCUGCACCAGCGCCGCAGCCAGCUGUAGGUGCACCACAGCUGCGCCCUGGCACCAACACCUGCAUCCGCCAUGGGUGUCCCAACCCUGCUAUCAGCAACUCUGAGUGGGAGGAUGAAUACUGCAGCAAUGAGUGUGUUGUUAGCCACUGCAGGGAUGUUUUCAGUUCAUGGGUGGCAUCCAAUCAAAGCCAAACACAAAGUUUCUCUACAGUGAAAUAGAGUGCUUUACUGUAAAUGAGCUAAUGCUUACCACAAUAUAUGACAGUGAACAUUGUGGAAGUCAGCAAAGUUGAAUGAAGAUCCAAAACUGUAACCACUCAAAGUAUUACAGUCUCUUGACAAUGUGGAUAUUCCUCUCAGCUGUGCAGUGUGGAGGAAGCAUAUACAGAUGUUGUUUAUUAAAAAUAUCGCCCUUGUUAUACGGAAGAUUACUUGUAUGUGUAUAUGUAUAUAAAUCUACUUGGUAUACUUAAAGUGAAGUAAUCUGGAACACUUGUGUUUCCAUAUUUGAAUAGAGUACCUUAUCAGCUGAUAGUGUGACAGUUGACAGAAGGAAAAGGAAAGAAACUCUUCGGAUUCUAGAUUAGCACCAUUAACUCCGAGGAAAGAGAGUAUUAUAAUUUAAAAUAAAAAAGGUAUAUAUAUCUUGAAUAACUGUAUACUUUAAUUGACAGAUGGUGCCAACUGUCAUUUGUUGCAUGUUUGAGCUCUUUUAAAUGACUAGGAAUUAAGAAAAUAUUCCCUUAAGUGUGGUAAUAUCCUGUAAUGCCCUUCUGACAUAAAUAGUAUAUCCCUGCUCAUAAUGAAUGUUGCUGUUACUUCCUGGAGUCUAUAUAUUAUUAAUAAUGAUAAUUAUAUAAUUGAAUAUGACAUAGAAUAAAUAGUAUAGGAGUGACUGGUGAAACAAAUCACCAUGAAAACUGUUCCUUGAUUAGUAUGUGUUUUUCUCAGCCACAUGCAUCAAGUGAUAAUCAUUAUGACAACAAUGGAUGGCUUAUUUUUAUAUUACACCAAAAGCAGUGAAAUGAAACUUUUCAACUGCAGUGUAGCAAGUAAAAUUAUUUCCUUUUCCUCAGUAGCAACAGCAUCUUGUACUUGAAAGUAAUGCAAAAAGGUACAUUUGUGUGGACACUUAAUGUGGACAAAAGUUUGCUGAGAGUAGUAUGUACAAUCAUUUGGAAUGAAACUAUUUUGAUUGUAAAAAAUGUGCAGGAAUAUAGCAUCACUGUUGCAGAUAUUGGAAUGAAUAUAAUUUAUCUGACAUCGGUGUUAACACAUGCAUAUUUGUUAUUGAUGUACUUAUUUAUUAUUUGGACGAAAGAAAAAGUGGAUCAGGGAUAUAAAGCAGUUAUUUCAUGUUUGCAUAUCUGUACCAAAUGAAAAAGUAUAAUUGUUGUAAGCUACAGGAAGAGAUAAGUACAAAAGUCAUCUAAAAUAUUAAAAUGUGUCUUUGUAUUUUUAAGCCACCAGAAAAAAUAUUUGUCAAUUAUUUUGUUCCUCAGUAUUUUUAUAAUAGUUUUGUUUUUAUAUAGAUAAUUUAAAAGUAAUGAAAUGAAGAGUUCCAGAGUAACAUACCAUGAUUUAAUCAAAAGGUUUUGUUAUUAUGAUGGUUUAGUUGAUUUCUAUAUCUUUCAGUGAAGUCAUAGCAUUGACACACUGUAUAAAUUUUAGUUACUUUUAGAUGAAACCAGAACAGGAAACUGGCAUCAGUGCUCAAUGGUUAUAACUGAAACUUAUAUCUGAAAUAAAUUGUGUUUCUAGGGGCAAUAACAUCUCACAGACAAAAUAUUCUCAGAUAUCUGUGCAGAAGUGCUUAAUCUGAAGCAUAUUCUUGUUUAGAAGUGAGACAGAGAGAAUGAAUAGACAGACUGAUUGUUGAAGAAGUUGCAGGAUGUAAAACCCAAUGAGUGGAAUAAAUACCAUAUGUUUGAAAAAAAUAUGCCAUGAAUAUUUGUAGGACAAUUUCAAUUGCAAUUAAGGCGUAUUUGUGUCUCAGUGUGAAAAGUGUUGAAAUACUACACACAGUUGGCUGAGAAAGAAGAGAACUUAUAUUCAUACAAGUGAUAUGAAUUGGUUUUGAUAUAUACUGUGAUGUUUUUGUUACUAGCAUGUAUGUUUUCAAAGUGAACAGAAAUACUUCACUGUGGCAACAAACAUUUGGAGUUGAUGCCCCACACUGUGUUAGCUGGAACACAAAGUUGCAAUCAUAUAAGACUGGAAACUUUGUAAGAGUGAACAGAAACUGUUUCUCUUUCAAUUCCGAGAUUUACUUCAGUUUUAAUCUUUCAUGUGAUAUUUGCUUUCCAUCUUAGCAAUAUUGUUGACAUUUGUUUAAGACAUUUUUACAUCUGUUGUCACAAAAUAAACAUAAAUUGUAUAUUAUAUUACAAAAAGUGUACAGAAAGUUGAGUUGCAAAAAUUAUAGUUGAUAAUUGGGCUUAUUGACUGUGUCUCCUUUUUCUAUGUUGUUUUAAGACCUGUUUUGUGAUUUUUUUAUAUCUCUGAAUAAAUACACAGUUUGGGUUGCUCAUGAAAGGCUCGAUUGGAUUGAUGUGUACAUGAUUUAUGUACCAUUUAAAUAUGCAUUAUUUCUAUAUAGUGGUUCUUCUUUAUUUUUAGUAUUUAUAAGUCCUUAAUAUUGUGCCUCAAAAUUACAAGACUUGUGUUAAAUGCUUUAAGUUUAGAGUUUACUUCUUCAUUUAGUAAACUGUCCUUCACAUUUUUCCAAAGGAUUUUUUAAAUCCUGCAAAUUUAGAUCUAGUCUCAUCAUUGAUUCCUUGCAUCAUGAACACUCAUUUUAAGCGAGCCUUAAUCAUAGCUUGGUAUAUGUGAAUAUUAAAUUCUGACUUCUGUAGACCAAAUAGUGGACCUAAUGAAGUUGAAAAUUAUUUUCUUUAACUAAUGCAACUUUCACUGUAAAGGUCAUGUAUGUAGAUGUGGUAUCUUGCACACAGACCACUAGAUGUAACUGUAAAAUGCAUUAUAAAUCAUACAGAAAUAAAAAAUAAACAAUCUAUCUGUGGUUUUAAAUAA